AUGGGCUUCUUCCAAGCUAGCAAAAUUCGCGUACUGUUGAUUGGUGGGGGAGGGAGAGAGCAUGCAGUCGCCUGGUCACUGAGCAAAUCCCCUAAGGUCGAGUUAAUCAUUUGUGCUCCUGGCAAUGGCGGCACGGCUCGCGGAUCAACCAAGAUUAUGAACUGCGGCCCUGAUAUAAAGGCUACGGAUCUCACAGGGCUGUUAGUGGUUGCUCAAACCCAUCGUGUGGAUCUGGUUGUUCCAUGUUCUGACUCUUCUAUCAUCUCUGGAGCCGUGGAUUUCUUUGAAACUCGGGGAUUCCGAGUUUUUGGACCUUCCAAGAAAGCUGCGAAGAUCGAAGGUUCCAAAAGCUGGGCGAAAGCUUUUAUGCAACGCCAUAAGAUACCUACUGCAAAGUACCAAAGCUUCUCAUCACCUUCUGAAGCCAUCUCAUUUCUGCAAAGCCAGCCAACAAGCAGACAUGUUGUGAAAGCAUCAGGUUUGGCAGCAGGAAAGGGUGUAUUUCUUUGCCAAACAAAUGAAGAAGCAGAAGAUGCCGUCAAAAAGAUCAUGGUUGAGCGUGCUUUUGGCGAGGCUGGGGAGGAAAUUGUCAUUGAGGAGUUCCUGGUCGGUCGUGAAUUGAGUGUCACCAUAAUUACUGACGGAAAAGUAUGGAGGCUUUUCCCGGUCGGACAAGAUGCCCAGAGAAUAUAUGAUGGAAAUCUUGGACCCAAUACAGGUGGUAUGGGAGUUUGUAUCCCAUCUGAUCUUUUCACUGUCGACGAAAUUCAAGAAAUCCAACAGACGAUCCUGGAGCCCACCAUCCGAGGGCUCGAGAAUGAAGGCAAGACUGUCAAUGGUCCGAAGCUCUUGGAAUAUAACGCGCGGUUUGGUGACCCCGAGGCACAAGCCUUAUUUCCGCUCCUGGACGAUGCCUCAGAUCUUGCAGACAUCAUGAUAGCAUGUACCGAGGCGCAGCUGGAGCGAGUACACAUGGAGUUCCAGCAAAAGGCCGCUGUUUCGCUGGUAGUGGCCUCUAGUGGAUAUCCGGGGGCUUAUCGAGUAGGCGAGAUCAUCGAUUUUGGAGCGUUGCCGCAAGAUGUGUUGGUCUUCCAUGCAGGCACUUCGUGGGCAGAGGACCGCCUCGUGACUCAAGGUGGGAGGGUUUUGGCGGUGGUUUGCAUAGCUUUUUCCACGGAGGAAGCCAUCAAAGGAGCUUACAAAGGCGCCCAGGAGAUCAAUUUCAAAGGGAAAUACCUAAGGACGGACAUCGGUCAAAUUCUCUCUUCAUGGUAA